UCUCUCUCUCUCUCUCUCUCUCUCUCUCUCUCUCUCUCUCCCCGCAGCCCACUCGCUGCUCUUCUUACUUCCCAACUCCUCUCAUUCUCUGAUCCCCCUCUCGUCACAUUAUUACAUUCCCUCUGCAUUUCAUCUCUCUCUCUCUCUCUCUCUCGUUUCCGUGAAAAGAAAAAAAAAAAGAAAAAGAAAGGAGGUGAAGCCGGAGGCCAUGAACCCUUCGCCGGGUCUAAUCGAACAGGGAAUUUCUCAGCAGCGUUCGAAGAGGGUUUCUUGUAUGAAUGUUCUCACAUUGGCGUACCAGAGCCUUGGAGUGAUCUAUGGCGAUUUGAGCACGUCGCCUCUCUACGUCUACAAGACCACUUUCUCGGGGAAACUUAGCCUCCGCGAGGACGACGAAGAGAUCUUCGGAGUUUUCUCCUUCAUUUUCUGGACAUUCACCAUUGUCGCUCUCUUCAAAUACGUUCUCAUCGUUCUGUCAGCAGACGACAAUGGAGAGGGCGGCACAUUUGCAUUGUACUCGCUUCUUUGCAGGCAUGCCAAGCUAAGCAUUUUACCAAAUCAUCAAGAGAUGGACGAGAAAUUAUCAACCUACGUCACGAGUGGUUCGGCUGAGACUCGGCAGAGCGCAGCACUUAAGUCGUUCUUCGAGAAACACCCGAGAUCUCAAAAGGGUUUGCUGAUAUUUGUGUUUCUUGGAACAUGUAUGGCCAUUGGAGAUGGAGUCCUCACCCCUACAAUAUCAGUUCUUUCAGCUGUUUCAGGGGUUAAGCUCAAGAUUCCAGAACUUCACGAGAAUUACGUCGUAAUCAUCUCCUGUAUCAUACUGGUCGCAAUUUUCUCCGUCCAGCGUUAUGGAACGCACAGAGUGGCGUUCAUUUUCGCUCCAAUUGUCACAGCUUGGCUUCUCUCACUAAGCUGCAUUGGAGUAUACAACACAAUAAAAUGGAAUCCGCGUAUAAUUUCCGCAUUUUCGCCCGUCUACAUGUGGAGGUUCCUCAAAAGCACCGGGGUCGAAGGAUGGGUUUCACUCGGAGGAGUUGUCCUCUCGAUCACCGGUGUUGAGGCAAUGUUUGCUGACUUAGGUCACUUCUCUUCUCUUUCGAUAAAGGUGGCUUUCUCUUUCUUCGUAUACCCGUGUUUGAUUUUGGCGUACAUGGGUGAGGCGGCAUUUCUCUCAAAACACCAUGAAGACAUACAAAGAAGCUUCUACAAAGCAAUUCCAGAACCGGUGUUCUGGCCAGUGUUCAUAGUGGCCACUUUUGCAGCCGUAGUGGGUAGCCAAGCUGUGAUCUCUGCAACGUUUUCGAUAAUAAGUCAGUGUUGCGCCCUGAACUGCUUUCCUCGUGUAAAGAUCGUUCAUACUUCGAGCAAAAUCCAUGGCCAGAUCUAUAUCCCUGAAGUGAACUGGAUGCUGAUGUGCAUUUGUCUGGCCGUGACAAUCGGGCUAAGGGACACUAACAUGAUCGGUCACGCUUACGGAUUGGCUGUGACCAUUGUGAUGAUUGUGACGACAUGUCUGAUGACUCUGGUCAUGACGAUCGUCUGGAAGCAAAGAGUAGCGGCUGUCAUCGCGUUCUUCAUCUGUUUUGGUUCCAUCGAGCUUCUUUACUUCUCUGCCUGUGUCUACAAAGUACCCGAAGGGGGUUGGAUCCCAAUUCUCUUGUCCCUUACAUUCAUGGCUGUAAUGUACAUCUGGAACUACGGAACCGCCAAGAAACACGAGUUUGAUGUGGAGAACAAAGUUUCGAUGGAUAGGAUUAUCUCUUUGGGGCCGAGUAUCGGAAUGGUGAGGGUUCCAGGGAUCGGCUUGGUCUAUACAAAUCUCGUGACGGGAGUUCCAGCUGUUUUCGGGCACUUUGUGACGAACUUGCCAGCGUUUCAUCAGAUUCUGGUGUUUGUCUGCGUGAAAUCGGUUCAGGUUCCAUAUAUCGGCGAGGAAGACAGGUUUUUCAUCGGCCGAGUUGGCCCGAAAGACUACGGAAUGUUUAGAUGCGUGGUGAGAUACGGAUACAGAGAUGUACAACGCGAAAUGUAUGAUUUCGAGAGCCGGUUGGUGGCUGGAAUUGUGGAAUUUGUCGAAAACGAACCUGGAGAUGAUGAAGAAGAAGAAGAAGAAGACUGUUCAAGAUUCAACAGAGAACCGCCUAGAGACAAGGGGAAAUCGCUCCGGCUUCUGGAACGUAAUUCCAGAGAGAAACCCGAGAAUUCGCGGGCUGUAAAGGACAAAUCUUUACAGAUUCUGAAGGCAAAGGAACCAUCUCGCGCCACUGGAAGAUCAAACAGGGUAAUGGAAAGUUCGUCCUGGGAGGAAACCGGGAUUCCGUUGAUAAAAAAGGAAGAAUCUUUACAGAUUCUGCAAGCGAAAGAAUCAGGGGUCGCUUACAUAUUGGGACAUUCGUAUGCAAAGGCUAAGAAAUCGUCAUCGGUGUUGAAGAAGUUCGCCAUUGAUGUCGUGUUUGCGUUUCUGAGCACAAACUGCAGAGGACCGGACGUCGUUCUGAACGUUCCCCAUACUUCCCUGCUCGAAGUUGGAAUGGUUUACUACGUCUGAUCCGUUAGAAGCAGAGGUCUUGAGUGUAGAAUACAGUAGAAGCAGACAAAGAGAGAUAGAUCUGACUUGUUCAUGUCUGGUCUUUUUUUUGUAAUUUUCUUUUGUCGUUACAGCCUUAAUACCCAGAAAAAGAGGAGUAGAUGUAUGCAGAAGCUGAAUGUGUAAAUAUAUAGUUUUAAUAAAUAAAUAAAUGAUCGAUUUUUAA